CAAUUUAUUUUUUUUUAGGAAUACUUAAACUAAUCAAAGGAUUUGACGCCCUAGCUUGGUACUUAGACUUAGCAGGAGUCGCAGAAUCACUGGCAACAUUCCUGUCAAACUUCCUCUUCCUCUUUCCACCGCCGAUAAGCCUCUUCAGAGACUUGGGGAUGAUGUACUCCGGCACGUCCUUCAAAUGCGCUUGCAAUUUAACCGUAUGAAGCGCUUUAUCCUGCCUGAGGGUCUGCAAAUCCCUAGGAUUGUCCUCAAAGAAGCUCUUGAGCUUAUCGCAGCUCAAAACCUCCUGCUUUAUUUCUUUAAGUCUGGCUUCUCUGACCGCGAUCCGGGUGACCGCUUUCCAGGCAUCUCUAGCCCGGUACCUGAAGCCUUCAACCUCCUCGAGCUUGAACUGUUCUCUUUCUCUGAUCGCCACGAAGCUCAGCGCAGUUCCCUGGUUUUUUCCUCGAGCAGUUCUUCCGGCGCGAUGUACGUACGAAUUUACGUCCUGGGGAAAGUCAAAGUUAAUGACAUUGGCGACAAACUGGAAAUCUAUACCACGAGCCACUCCAGAUUCUUUGUCUUUGCGUCUUUUGCUCUUCUGCUGCUUGCUGUUAUUUUUACUUUUUACCACAUGAGGCUCCUCGAGAGCUUUCUCAUCAGAAGCGAUUAUAAUGUCGUAGGUCCCGGCGUUGAAUUGCAUUACUGCACGACAACGCGACGUCGCGGCAACGGUCGACUGUGUUAA